UGUUCAUUACUCCUUCCUUCUUGAAGCUCUGUUCUUUGUCAUAUAUAACUCCUUAUGCUCUGGUUCUUCUGCUGUGUUUCUAUUUCUUUUCUGUUUUAUUUGGGGGCUCUUUUUUUUAAUUCAUUACCUAAAUGUAGGUGUCCCCAUGGUUCAAUUCUUGACCUUACUCUACAAACAUAAUCUAAUCUAUUCCCCUGAUUUCAUCUCUCGUCUGUAUGCUCAUGACCUUUCUGUCAAGCUUUAGACUCAUAUAUCCAAAUGGCAGCUACUGCUUCACCUGGAUACCUCAUAGCCAUUUCAAAUCCACACAGUCGUUCAAAGUAGAAACCUGUAGUUAACUGUGAAUCCGCCAACACCAGCGUCUUCACAUUCUAUAUCUAAUGAGGCACCAAGCCAUGACUAUUUUACCUCCUGAAUAUUACUGUUCCCUUGUCUCCAGCCCUGCUCUUCCCACAAUAGUCAGACCCUCAACAUCUUUCCUAGAGCUUUGCUACUCAAAAGUGUGGCUUGUGGCCAGUAUCAUCCGCAUCACUUGGCAGCUUUUUAGAAAAAACAAUCUCAGGCCUCACUGUAGACUACUGAAUCAGAAUCUGCAUUUUAACAAGAUCCCUAGGUGAUUUGUACUCACAAUAAGUUUUGAGAAGCAUCGUUCUAGAAUAUUGUCACAACUUGCUAACUACUCUGUCUGCCAUCAGUUUUGUCUCCCCACAACCACCCUCAAUUUAAUCACUAGAGUGUUUCACCUAAAGUGCAUAUCUUUCCAUGUCAUUCCCCUGGUUAAAAAUCCUUAAUUGUUUCUCUGUUUUCUAAGGAUAACAUCUAAGCUUCAUAGCUCUUUGCCAUCUUGUCCCUGCCUACCUUCUCCAGGCUUAUCCCCUGCUACUUCCUGCUAUGAUCUAUGUAGGUCAGAACCUGCAAACUGCUUAUGGUUUCCAGAUACCGUUGCCCUAUUUUUUGCCUCUGUGCCCUUGUUCAUGCUGCCAUUUUGCCUGGAACAUCUCCAUGUCCCUCUUCUCUUGGCUAACUCCUACUCAUUCUUUAACAUUCUACUUUCCUGGAAGCCUUUUCACUUCCCACAAGGCUUAUCUUCUGUGCUUCCUUAACCUGCAAAUCUAAUUAUCUCUCCAUGUGUCUUUAUCUCCCAUUAGAAUGUAAGGUCUUUCAGGGAAGGGACUUCAUCUAACUCAUCUAUAUUUCCAGUGCUAGAGAUAGAAACUGGCACAGAAAAGGCCUACCUCAAUAGAGAUUAGUUUAAUAUAUGAAUUAGCUAACUAUUGAUCCUUAUAUAUUGAUUGCUAACCCUGUAUUUGUACUAUUUAAGUUUGCUACUGAAUGUGAUUCAACAUAUCCCCCAAAGUUACAUAGAGAUCUAUGUUUUUAUCUAGGGUUUUAAAGAAUAUUGAUUUAGGCAAGUGUAGAAAUAGGAGUGAUAGGAUUUCUGAAAGUAGUGGAUGUUUGGAGAAAUGACAGACUUCCACUUGUUGGGGUAUUUUUCCUAUUGCUGGGCUGAGGUUAUCUGGAAUAAGUGGCUUCUAGUUUAGUGGCCUUAGGUAAAUUGGAACUGAUUCAGCUAUGAAAAGUGCAUGCACUUUGGUCACUUCUGAAAGGAGGGUCAUUUUAGCACUCUGAAGUUUCAAGGUUAUUAGAAUGAGAGAAUGAGGAUUUUGGUGAAAUUUUCAUCUGGCCAGGGAGGGGGGGCUGAUCAUCAGCAUAAUUUAAUCCAGUCAUUGAAGUCAUUUUACACUAGCUUCUGAAGCUAGAGCUCAAAGAAUAGAUUUUCAUCUCUGCCUUGACUAUUCCAUUUUCAGAACAGUAAACAUUUAUGAAUUAAAAAAUAGCUGAAGAAUUUAAAUUAGCUAAUGAGAAUUUCAAAGAACAGUAACAGCAGAAUUCCAUAUUAUAAGUGAGCAAGUGGUGAAACAAAAACAGUUUAACAUGUGCCACUUUACUUCACUCUUCACCCAUUUUCUCCCUUCUUUCUGUCUCUGCCUUCUUUUCCAUCUGCUAUUGUUUAUAUAUGUUUCUACUAUAUCUAAUCUCUUUCUCUUUUUCUUCAUCAUUCUCACUGCUUUCUUCAUGUCCCACAUCCAGCCCAGAUCUUAUUAGCACAGGAAUGGCUACCAUAACGAUAUGGAACUAAACAUUUAGUAUGAGAACAUACGUUUGUCAUAUUUGUAAUAUCACCUUUACAUCUUUAGAAAUGUUCCGGUCUCAUAUGCAAGGAAGUGAACAUCAAAUUAGAGAAUCUGUUGUUAUUAAUCUAGUGAAGAAUUCAAAGAAGACACAAGACUCUUACCAAGAUGAAAGUGCAGAUUAUAUCAACGUGCAGAAAGCCAGAGCACCAGAGCCCAAGACAUGUUUCAGAAAGAGGGAAGAGAGUUUUUUGGAAACCCGUGGGUACAGAGAAGUGGUUGAUUUCAGACCCACACAUAGAAUGUUUGAAGAAAGGCUCCCAUGUGAUACUUUCCAGACAUACCCAAGAUCAUACAAUAUUUCACAAACAGUGGAAAACCAGUUACCUCAUUGCUUACCAGCUCAUUCAAAGAAGACAUAUGACUCUUUUCAAGAUGAACUGGAUGAUUACAUCAAAGUGCAGAAAGCCAGAGGACUAGAUCCAAAGACUUGUUUUAGAAAGAUAAGAGAGAAUUCUAUGGAAACAUGUGAGUACAGAGAAGUUGAUUCUGGACCCAGACAAAGAAUGAUUGAGCCAAGAUUUUCAUUUGAUACUUCCCAGACCUACCAACAACCAUACAGUAUUUCACCAGUGGAAAGCCAGUUACAUCAUUGGUUACCAGCUCAUUCAAAAAGGACAUUUGACCCUUUCCAAGAUGAACUUGAAGAUUACAUCAAAGUGCAGAAAGCCAGAGGGCUAGAGCCAAAGACUUGUUUCAGAAAUAUAAAUGAUAGCUCUAUGGAAACCCUUAAGUACAGAGAAAUGGUUGAUUUCAGACCCAGACAUAGAAUGUUUGAGCAAAGAUUCCCAUUUGAGACUUUCCAGACCUACCCAGGAUCAUACAAUAUUUCACAAGCAGUGGAAAACCAGUUACCUCAUUGCUUACCAGCUCAUGACAGCAAACAGAGACUAGACUCUAUGACCUACUGUCAAUUGACCAGAGACUGUUUCCCAGAAAAACCAGUACCUCUGAGCCUUAGUCAGCAAGAAAAUAACUCUGGCCCAUACAGUGUAGAAUCUGAAGUUUACAAGCACCUCUCAUCAGAAAACAAUACCAGUGACCAUCAAGCAGGUCAUAAACGGAAACAUCAGAAGAGAAGAAGGCACCUGGAGGAAGGCGAAGAAAGGCCAGAGAAGGAACAGUCCAAGCAUAAAAGGAAAAAGAGUUAUGAAGAUACAGAUCUAGACAAGGAGAAGAGCAUCCGGCAAAGGAAAAGAGAGGGAGAUAAAGUCAGUGUCAGUUCAGGAAAGCUUAAGCAUCGAAAAAAGAAAAAAAGCCACGGUGUACCCUCUGAGAAAGAAGAACGUAAACACAGGAAAGAGAAAAAGAAAUCUGUUGAAGAAAAGACGGAAGAGGAAAUGCUUUGGGAUGAGUCUAUUCUUGGAUUUUGAACUUUUUGUUUUGUUUUCUCGAGGAUGAAUUGAAGAAAUCGGUUAAGAAUAUGGAUUUAGAUAAAGACAGGAACAUCCAGUGAAGAAAAGGAGAGGUAGAUACAGUCAGUUCAGGAAAGCUUAGUGUUUUCGUAAAAAUUGAAAUUGAAUUGAAAGAAGAAACAAACAAACUUAAGCCUAGCCUCUGAGAAAGAAGAACAUAAGAACACAAGAACAUAGGAGAAAAGAAACCUGUUGAAGAAAAAACAGAGGAGUCAAUGCUUUGGGAUGAGUGUGUUCUAGGAAUUUGAACUUUUAGUUUUGUUUACCUGAGUAUCAGUUGAAGAAAUCAGUGAAGAAAAUGGAUUUAGCAAAAACAAGAGCAUCUGA